GAGCUGGCGUAUUUUCGCUGCAGCUGAUCGACUGACGGUUUGUUUUUGUAGACAUCUUUAUUUAUGUUUAUCAGCCUAAAACACCUCACUAAUCUGACUGUGUUAACUACAUUUACAUUUGUAUUCUGUGAGUAUCUGAUAUAUUAUUCCAUCUUUUUGAAAUGCUCCUGGCCAAAGUUAGAAAAAACUUCAACACCGGAUGAUCAACAGUUGAAAGCUCUCUUUUUUUCCGAUCCACACUUACUGGGAUCCAGAGAGGGGAAUUGGUUUGACAAGUUGCGAAGAGAAUGGCAGAUGGAGAGAUCAUUCCAGACAGCUAAUACUAUAUUUCAACCAGAGGCAAUCUUUGUACUUGGUGAUUUGUUAGAUGAAGGGAAAUGGGCUUCAGAUCAGGAAUUUCAUGAUUCGGUUGGGCGAUUCAAGUGGAUGUUUAGACAUUCGGAAGAUGCACAGCUGCAUGUUGUCGUUGGUAACCAUGACAUUGGGUUUCAUUAUGGGAUAAAUAGUCAUUUGUUGGACAGAUUUGAGAAAGCAUUUGAUGUGCCAUCUGUCAAAGUUGUGACCAUUAAAAACAUAAGCUUUGUAUUGGUGAAUAGUAUGUCAAUGCACGGUGACCAGUGUUUCAUGUGUAAAAAAGCUCAAGAAGAACUUCAUGAAAUAUCACAAAGGUUGAACUGCUCACGAGACAGCCAUUUCUACAACAACCACCAUGCAACCUGUGACCUCUACACCAGAAUUGCUCAUAGUGCUCCCAUUUUGCUACAGCAUUUUCCAAUGUUCCGGGACUCAGAUGCUAUGUGUGAAGGAGAGGACGCUGCCCCACCCCAAGAAAAAGUAAUCAGACAUCGAGAGAAGUGGGAAGUAUUAUCCAAAGCAUCUAGUCAACAGUUAUUUCGGUUGAUUAGACCAAGAUUUAUACUAAGUGGGCAUAUACAUCAUGGAUGUUACAUUGAACAUGACGAUGGAACACCGGAAAUAACUGUACCAUCAUUUAGUUGGAGAAACCGAAAUAAUCCCAGUUUUGUGUUGGUAACCAUUUCUGCUGACGAAAUUUCCUUCAAUAAGUGCUUUGUUCCUAAGGAGAACACAGUGAUCACUAUCUAUUUAAUCAGUGGUGUUACCAUGGUAAUAUGGACCAUAUUUUUGAAACUUCGGAGGAAGAAUCGCAGAGUUGUAUUUCCACACCAAGCAAUAGACUGA